UGGGCGCGUGGUGGGCGGGGCCGGUGCCCACAAACAUGGCGAAGACCUACGACUACCUGUUCAAGCUGCUGCUGAUCGGCGAYUCGGGCGUGGGCAAGACCUGCGCCCUGUUCCGCUUCUCCGAGGACGCCUUCAACGCCACCUUCAUCUCCACCAUCGGUAUUGACUUUAAAAUUAGGACGAUAGAGCUCGAUGGCAAGAGAAUCAAACUGCAGAUCUGGGACACGGCCGGGCAGGAGCGAUUCCGGACCAUCACAACMGCCUACUACAGAGGAGCCAUGGGCAUUAUGUUGGUGUACGACAUCACCAAUGAAAAAUCUUUUGAAAAUAUUCGGAACUGGGUGAGGAAUAUUGAAGAGCACGCCUCUCCAGAUGUUGAAAAAAUGAUCCUGGGGAAUAAAUGUGAUGCAAAUGACAAAAGACAAGUCUCCAGAGAGCAAGGGGAGAAGCUUGCUGCAAGUUUUGGCAUUAAAUUCAUGGAGACCAGUGCAAAAGCAAAUAUAAACAUAGAGAAUGCAUUUUUCACUCUUGCCAGAGAUAUCAAAGCAAAAAUGGACAAGAAGUUGGAAGGCAACAGCCCACAAGGCAGCAACCAGGGAGUCAAAAUCACACAAGACCAGCAAAAGAAAAGCAGCUUUUUCCGAUGUGUCCUUCUGUGAGGGACACGGCCUUAACCUGAGCUGGACUGUGCCUGUGCUAAGCGAGGUUUCCUCUGUCCGUGGACUUAGUGCUCCCAACUUGUCACUUGGUGACCACCUGAAUAAGAAAUGGUUUAUUUUGGUAAUCAUCUGACUCUUCAAUUUUUGGAGAUGAAACAAGUUUAUUUUUGUCAGAUUUGCCAGCGGGCAUGUGUGUUGUCUGGCAGAGGGAGGAAGCUGCCACAUGGCCUGGGAUGAUUGACUGUGCUGACUGACUUCAACCUUCACUCGUAGCUGGAUCCAGUUUAGAAAGGUGAAGUUGUGACCAAAAUAAGAAACAGCAAUGCCUCUGUUAAUAAAUUCCAGGUGCAUCUCCAGCUACACACAGAGCAGAUCCCAGAAAUGYAACGAGGUGAGCAGUGCAGGCUGAUGCUUCCUCAGGAGCUUUCUGCAGCUCCACCUCUUUGCUACUACAGAGAAACUCCUCUGUCUGCCUGUGUUACUCUAGACAAUCCACAAGUACAAUUGAAGUUUAAAAAAAAAAUUCUCCUCAAAGGAAUCUCUAUUUUUUUUAAAGAAGAAUGUGUGCUGUAAAUAGAACGGGUCCUUACCAUUGGGAAUUGAUCCGUGUUAGACUUGACUGUGCUCARUGAAGUACUCCAGACUAAAUUCAGAGGUGAUGGCUUGCAGUGAGUCCUGUACAGAUGAUCUGCCAUUUGUUCUUGSAGAACUAGGCUCAGGCAGGGACACUCACACAAAAUCUGUCCCCUCACAAGGGUGGCUUUAGCACUSUCCAGAUUUAUCAUGCCACAGUAGGUGAUUUGAAAUCAUGCCAGGGAAAUGCACUGCACUGCUCCCAGUCRUGUGUUCCCAGCACACUCACUCACAUAUGCAAAUAAACGCAGCACAUCAGAACACUUUGUGAAAAGAGACUUUUCUCAGCUGAGACUGGCCUUGCUGCUGGUUUUCCAUCACCACAGGCCUCAGGCAGAGCAGCUGCUCCCAGGAUGUGUCCCAGGAACAGUCUGGGUGUCCCAGGAGCAGUCUGGGUGUCCCAGGUACAGUCUGGGUGUCCCAGGAGCAGUCUGGGUGUCCCAGGAACAGUCUGGGUGUCCCAGGAGCAGUCUGGGUAUCCCAGGAACAGUCUGGGUGCUCAUCCCCACAGCCCCAGUCCGUUACAUUCCAAGUGUGAAAUGCAGGAGCCCAGCACAGCUCCUCGGUGGGUGGCUGCUCACAGGGCUUUGUUUACAUUGACAGCUGCACUUAAGGUUAAAAUUAAAGUUGAUUUUGAAGCUGUUUGCAUUUACUCACAGGUUUUGUUUCCUUCAAGUUUGUGGUACUGAGCUCUGGCUUUGGAGCAGCACCAAUAAGUGUUGCUGUAGUUAAAGAUCUGUUGAAUUCACAAUUAAAAUUUUAUAAAUCUGCAGCAUGCGAUUGGGCCCAACAGGAAUACUGCCUGUUCUAAAACAAAAAAAAUUCACUCUGUAAGUUACUGGUUUUUAAAAAUGCUGGUUUAUAAAACUUUUAGAUUUAUUUUAUUUUUUAGUAACAAAUUACAAUGAGCUCUGUCCUGAUUAAAGCUUUCCUCUAACCAGAACCUUACRAUGGUUUGGUUUUUUUGUUUACUUGUGGCUUUUAGCACAAGGACUUUGAUAAACGUGCACUGUAGUGGGGUUUCACACAGAUUUGUAGGAUAAAACCAUGUUAAGCUAUGAAGAGGCUUCUAGACAUUGAGAUUGGACAAGCAGUGUCUCUGUCUCGAGCUGAGGAUGUUUUUAAAGAGUUUGUGUUUCAAGAAAUGCUUGAGGCACAAUGGGGAAGUGAUAAGACAUGGUGUGAAUUUCCUGCAUCACUGAUCUGUGUAACCAUUCRCUUCUGGCUCAGUGAUAACUGUGGRUUGUCUCACAUCUGUCUUGUCCUUUACACAGCCAGAUGUUGGGCCAGAUUUAUUUUUCAGAGUGACUGGAAAACUGGUGGUUUAUCUGACUUGAUCCCACAGGUUCUUGCCUGUGGGCUGUACCAAUAACUCAUCUCAGGAUGGGAAAUCAAACUGUUCAUUUACUGUUCAAGUGGGUAAAACUUGAAGGAUGGUUAUGGUGAUUUUUCACUWUUUUCUAAAUCUGAAGCUACUCUUGCAUUCAGAAUUUUUUGUGUGUGAACACCCUCUGUUUAAACUUAACGCUGUUUUUUGCAUAUGUUAAUAUACCUAAUUAGAACAUUAAUUCCUUUGAAAUGGUUGGGUUUUACUCUACAAAAAACAACUUUUUUUCCUCAAUCUCAGGAAGUUUCAUACACUUACUGUGACUCCAGUCAUCACUGCACUUCUGGGUGUGAAGAUUCUGCGCAGAAAUUAAAUCUCUGUGAGCAACACGAAACCUAAAAUGCAAAUGUGAGGGAGGAAAAAGUUGAAGACACUGCCCGUGAGCUUGGCUGUGUGUCACCAAACACAGGCAUCAAAUUUAGGAGAAGUAAAUGUUUCCAUCUAGAAAUGUCUAGAAAAAAUGUUUUCCAUCACAUCAUUUCAGUUGCUGUGUUUAUUAAGUGUGAAUGUAAUGGAAAAUGCAAUUAGCAGAGAGGUGCUGUGUGAAUAUGUGCAGUGAUCUGCUUGUGUCCAAGCUUUCUUUAAGGAGGAAAAAACCUGAAAUUGGGUACAAAAAUUGGUACAAAAUUGGGUAAAACUGAGGAAUUUAAGUAGUUYUGCAAAACUAACCAUGCUCACUGCACAUUCUGAGUGUCUAAAUACCACUAAAAUGUCAGAUAACCGGUGAACAUUUGCUUUGUAGAGAAACAAACCCACUUUUAAGCAUGUCCUCAAUUCCCUUCUUUCAGUCUCCCAGAGCUCUGUGGUUGACCUUAUUUUUGAGGCUGGUUGCAAUACUUWGGCUGGACCCUGUCAGUCUGUCAAUAAUUGGUGGAAUUGCUGUUCUGGCACUGAUUUAACUCCUCUGUGCCCUGCACWGACAGGCACAGCCCCUGCUCCCUGACUGACAUCAGAGCCUUACACCACAGCCGACCUCCAGCCUCACAUUUAUCAAUCCUAUGGAUUAUUGCAAG